AUGCAAGAAUUUCAUGAUAACAUGGUAAAGUCGAACUCGUCUCUCGAGCGUCUUGUGGAAGCUAUGCAUUCAAUGCUGUUGCAGCCUAAAAAAGAGACAGUCCCUCCUGCACCUCUGAUGGACAUCGAUGAUAGCCUUGAGAGUCCCAGCGGAUUCCUAGCCGAAACACCAACAACAAGAACGAGAGGUCUGGAUUCAAGAGAAAUCCAAUCUGUUGCCGCAUAUCGUGCGCCAUUAGUCGUGCUCAACACGAUUUCCACGGGCGCAAACACGGCAGCCUCUGCCAUGCCUUCCAUUCUCCCCGACCACGACGUUCGCCCUCGUGUCAGAGCCGUUUCCGCAGGCGUGGCACCAGCACCUUCCCCCAGCUUUCAGCCACGUAUUUCUCGAAAGGAACUCCCGCCUACAAUCGCUUCUAUCAACAUAAAGCGGCAAACACAAGGUGCAAGGGCAUUGGCGGACCUAAAGUCAAGUCUCGUUCCAAAACCACGCCCAUCCUUCCUGGAUCCAAUUAUCCCAACCUUCGCGCAACUGUCAGAAGGGUUGGAGUAUGUCUUCACUCCGUUGCCGCGAAGCACUGGGCGGCAACUGGAAAUCGCAAGACAGACCCGUAUCAGCGAGCUCGAGUUGUGGAUUCAGUCCUUGGAUCGUCUGAUCAACACUCUUGCCAUCCCUCCUACAGGCUCUGCGAUUGAAAGCCAUAAAUCGAGGGUUUCUGAACAGCGCAGCGACUUAAUCAGCUUACUGUCGCAGAUGAACGGGGCGAUCGAGUCCUUGGCUCCGAAUGUGAGGAAUAUGGUAUAUGAGGUGUUAUCUGUUAAACAAGUGGAUCCUAUAUUGCACAGAGCUGUGCCCUUGACAAAAUCGGUCAGGACCCAGAAGGAGGUCGAAGAGUUUAUGGAGGAGAGGUCGGCUUGGCUGGGGGGCCACACUGCUCGGUAG